AAAGGUCUCAUUAACCAGUCAUCAGUGCUGAGACCAGAUAGAGUCAUGAGGAAGAUGCUGCUUUGGGCGGGUCUUUUCCUGCUGCUGAAUGUACAGCUGGGUUCUACCUACAAACUGGUUUGUUACUUCACAAACUGGUCACAGUAUCGUCCCGAGCCUGCAAAGUACAAGCCAGAGAAUAUUGACCCGCAGCUCUGCACUCAUCUCGUGUAUGCCUUUGCCACCAUGAGCGAGCACAAGAUUGCACCAUAUGAGUGGAACGAUGAUGUCCUCUAUAAGCAGUUCAACGAUCUAAAGCAAAAGAAUCAAAAGCUGGUGACAUUAUUGGCAAUUGGUGGUUGGAACUUUGGGACCCAGAAGUUCACAGACAUGGUUGCCAGUGCUGCGAACCGUAAGAUCUUCAUUACAUCUGUGAUUUCACAUCUCCGUCUAUACAACUUUGAUGGCAUUGACUUGGACUUCGAGUACCCAGGAUCUCGAGGUAGUCCCCCUGAGGACAAGCAACGGUUUACUAUACUGAUACAGGAAAUGCUUGACGCAUUUACUAAAGAGGCAGCAGACUCGGGACGUCCACGGCUCCUGAUCACAGCAGCGGUGUCUGCAGGAAAAGGGACCAUUGAUGCUGGAUAUGAGAUAGCAAAUAUCGGAAGACUACUGGAUUUUAUCAGCGUGAUGACAUACGAUUUCCAUGGUGGGUGGGACACUCUAUCUGGACACAACAGCCCCCUGUGCCGAGGCUCCACGGACGUGGGAGAUUUAAUAUACUUUAACACUAUGUUUGCUAUGAAUUACUGGAAAGAUAAUGGAACGCCUGCAGAAAAACUCCUUAUUGGAUUCCCAACUUACGGACGAACAUUCAGGAACCCUAAUCCUAAUAAGUGUGACGUGGGCAUCCCUGUAGCUGGAGCAGGAUCAGCUGGUCAAUACACCCGAGAGGCUGGCUUCUGGGCCUACUAUGAGGUCUGUACUUGGCUUAGGGGGGCCACAGUGAAAUGGAUUCCAGACCAGAGGGUGCCAUAUGCCUGCAAGGAUAAUGAGUGGGUUGGAUUUGACAACAAGGACAGUUAUGACUGCAAAGUGAAAUUUUUGAAGGAAAGUGGUUUUGGUGGGGCUAUGGUUUGGGCCAUUGACUUAGAUGAUUUCCUGGGAACAUUCUGCAGCGAAGGGAAAUACCCAUUGAUCAACCACCUGAAAUCUUUGCUGGAAGGUUCAAGCCUAAACUGCCCCGGGGAUGUAUGUGGUGACACAACCUUCCCAACCAGUCCCCCAACCACAGCUACAACUACAACCACAGCUACUCCUGGAGGCAGUACACCAGAGCCCCCGGUUACACCUCCACCUGUUCCUCCAACCAAUGAUGAAGACCCCAAUUUCUGUCAGGGUAAAGGUGAUGGCCUUCAUGCAAACCCGCUAAACCCAAACAAAUUUUACCAAUGCGCAGCUGGAACUACCUACGCCAUGAAGUGUGGAGAUAGUUUAGUGUUUGAUAAAAUAUGCAACUGCUGUAAUUGGCCAUGAAUAUUCUUUGCUUCCCUGCUAUCUAGGAGCACCCUUUCCCAAUUCUAAGAUGACAUAAUAAAGUUGCAAUUACAUAUGCUACACUGCUUAAUGUGCAAUUUUUGAAUACACAAUAAACAUAAGCAAAUCCA